AGAGAGGCAGCAAUACAACUCUGCACACUCCUAGCACACCUUGAAAUAUCAUCAAGCCUGGGGAAAACCUUGUCAGUCCUAGCCUGUGUCACUUUGCCAUAGUGUAUUGUCACCAGGAACAAGUUUGAGGUAGAGGAACCUCAGAAUGAGAUGGAGGCCUCCAGAAGCCAGGGACUUGAAAGGGCUGCCGAAGCCCAAAGUGAGAGCCCCAAGCUGGGGGAGGGAGUGCAACAGGCAGGCUCUCUGAGGGUAAGGGUGGAGGGAAGCGUUUUAACUGUGGACCGGGCUUUGCUGGAGCAGUGCAGCGAGUACUUCCGCGCCCUCUUCCGGUCUGGCAUGAGGGAGAGCCAGGAGGAUGAGCUGCAUCUGAAAGGAGGAGUGCAUGCACGGGGUUUCCUGAUUGCUUUGGCAGUGUGCAGGGGCGAGAAACUUUCUCUACAGGACCCGGAUGAACUAAUAGAGGCCGUGGAAUGUGCUGCCUUUCUCCAGGUGGUGUCACUGUCCCAGCAUCUCUGUGAUAUCAUUGACUCUGACAACUGCCUCCUACUCUACCACGCGGCGGCCAUCUUUGGUCUACCCAACCUGUUCCACUGUGCUGCCCUGUUCCUCUGCGACGCCUAUAGUGACCUGAAGGGGGAGGCAACAAGCACUCUACCUGAGGAGUUGAUACGGUAUGCAGAGUCUUUGUCGCCAGCAUCUUUUGUCGCUUUGGGAACCCACUCACCGUCUAUGGAGCUGCUGAAGGACUCCUUUAGGACCGUGUGUUAUCUGGACGAGGUGGAGGGAGAGUGGAGGCACCUAACAGACCUCCCCACCCACGCCAGCACCUCCAUGGCGGGAAUUGCCGUCCUGGACAACCGGCUGUAUGUGGUGGGGGGUAUUUAUGGCUAUGGCAAAGGCACGGUGGAUGGUGGCUUCUGCUACGACCCAGGGACGAGUACGUGGAGCAUGCUUCCUGGACCCCAACAGCCCCGUGCCGACUUCACCCUUCUGGGACACGAGGGGAAGUUGUACGCCAUCGGCGGUGAGCACCAGAAAAAACUGUCCUCCGCCGAGGCUUAUGAUGUAGCCACAGGAGAAUGGGCGUUUGUGCAGUCCGCACCACGGCCUGUGGCAGCUGUGGCAUGCGCCAUCGCCCGAAGGCGGAUGUUUGUUUGUUUCUGGAGGCCGCCAGACACCACGGAUAUCUACGAGUACAUCCCGGCGAAGGACGAGUGGAUGUUAGCCACCACGAUGAUAAGGCCGCAGAGCUACGGACACUGUAUGGUGGCCCACAGGGACAAUUUGUAUGUGAUGCGCAAUGGGCCCUCAGACGACUUCCUACGCUGCCUCAUGGACCGUUACAACAUCACCACGGGACAGUGGACCGCCAUACCAGGAAGUUACAUCAACACUAAGGGAGCGCUGUUUACCGCCAUGGUCAGGGGUGACUCUGUGUUCACAGUCAAACACAUGCUAACUCUGGAGUAUACCAUUGCUGGGGACACAUGGAAACCCCGUAGGGAGACGAAGAAAGGCUUUCCCAAGAGUGGCUCACUAUGGACAUGCUUACUGAGGCUUCCCAAGGCUGGCCUGUAAUGGUGCACACUGAUAGAGCUGUACUACGGUGCUUGGGGGGGGUUGCUGUAUUAAAGUACGGGUUAACUUCA